AUGGCGGCAGGGGCUGAGGCGAUGGCCAGAGCCCCGGGCCCCGAGGAGUCGAGGGCCGAGUUCGCGUCCGUGGAGCGGCUCCUGCCCCACCCGCAUCCCAGACCCCCCCACACCCUCCCACCCCACCCCAUGGGCUGGAGCCCCCCACAGUGUGUCCAGCCCCUGGGGGUCUCAUCCCAUUUGCCCCCAGGCCCCCCCCCGGGGGUCCCGUACUUCGUGCGCCGCUCCCGGUACCACAACCUGCCGGUGUACCUGGGGGUGAGGAGGGGGAACAGGAGAGAGACCACCCUGAGGGGGCUCAGCGGGGACCUCUGGGCUCUGGAGCGGGACCUGAGGGCGUUCCUGGGGGUCCCGGAGCUGCAGGUCCAGGUGAACGAGGUCAGCGGGACCCUCCGGCUCAAGGGGCACUGGGGGGCUGAGCUGAGGGCCUGGCUGCUCCAGGGGGGCUUCUGAG